AUGAUGGCUGGCGGAUUGUCGGAGUACACUGCAGUGGGACAUGAUAACCUCCCACUUCACGUGCUGCCGCGUAUAAAGCCACGCGCUUUGAUCAUAGUGGCAGACGGUAGUGACGAGCUUGAGACGCUCGCACUGUCGGACAUUCUAGUCCGCGGCGGACUACAUGUCAUCAUUGGCUCGGUCGGCCAAGCGAAAAAUAACAUCAUCGUGGCCAACUAUGGCUUGCAUAUCCAGGCUGAAAAGUCUAUGGAUAAGUGUAGCAUCGAAAUCUUCGACUUGAUCGUUGUACCCGGGGGCGAUGGAGCCAGCCACUUGCGUGACUCAGAUCUCGUGACGAAAAUGCUGCUGGAGCAAAAGGAAGCCGGACGAUGGAUCGCUGCAAGUUCCUCAGCACCUGCGGUUGUGCUCAGCUCGCAUGGAUUGCUUGGUACUCGCGCGACGUGCUCACUUCCCCACGAGCCUGAAAUGACCCGCGAGUUCGUGGACGAAGACAUCGUCGUCGACAACCGGUGUGUAACAACCCAGGGUGCUGGUACGGUGAUCAAGUUUGCACUCACACUGGUCAAGCUGAUAAUGGGAGAAGCGGCUGCUGGGAGAGCUGCAGGUGAGCUCUUGUGUCCAUGGCCAUAG